CCCCCACCCUUGCCCGACCAAGCGUACCACCAAGACCAGCAUUCCCGUCGUCUACACCAGCUGCCGUCGAUGACAGACGAUCGGACAUCCAGCCAAGCAGGCCCAUCGUCCAGGCCGGACGGCCCCGAUGCCUACCGGCCCAAUUCUGCCUUCUCCUUCCCGGCAGCCUUCCAGCCCUCGAUCAUUCGCUCCUUCCAGAAGGACUCCUACUACCUGUCCCUCUUGCAAGCCCAGCUCUCAGACGUCACACGAGAGGUCUUUGGCUCCCGUUUCCUACAGCUCAACAGCGGCAAAAUUACACUGCUGGCAAGCAUAGCCUACUAUGUCUUCACUACCGCCGAGGGUGCUCAGACGCUGGGAGAGGAGUACGUCGGAGCGAGGAUGGUGGGAGCGAGGGGAAAGUACGUCAGCAAGAGGAAGAGGAUAGCCUUUAUCCUCACACAGAUCUUGGCACCGUUCCUGCUGAGCCGGAUCUAUGCUGUGUUGCGGAGACGGAUCAAUGCGACCCAUGCUUCACGCUCUCAGACGUUGCAAAGGGCUAGGAUGAGGUGGAGGGCAAUUCAUGGCAGCCGUUACGAGAAGGAAGUGGAGGACAAGGAACCACAGCCUUCUAGACUAGACAAGCUGGUAGCAUUCACGGCACGAAUGCUACCCAGCAUCGAAGAUCUGAGCAAGGCAGACGGCUGGCUGGCAUAUGCGAGUGCGUUCCAUCUGAUGCUGUUCUACCUCGGUGGAAAGUACUACAAGGUAGCUCAAAGGCUCGUGGGAGUCAAAUACAUAUCCAUCCAUCCUUCCCCGCCCGGCCAGGAGCCGCCCUCGUACGAAGUGCUAGGUGUCCUUCUGGGCAUCCAGCUCGGCGUCAAGCUAGCCCUCUCCCUCAAUCGCCAUCUGCACAAGCGCGCCAUACAGAAGAAGGCUGCGCGUGGAGACGAUGGAGAUUCUGCUGACCAAGCGGACGAUGAGGCCUUCGUCGAGGUGGAUGGCCGCAAAUGGACUCACAGCAGUGGUUCCGCAAAGCCCGUUGGCGUACAUGAUCAGUCAGGUCUAGGCGAGAGCGAGUCUCCAAAGGACUACACAAGUCUCGCACCUCCCGGUGCCCAAGUGCCACUUGCAUACCUUUCGAGCACUGGCAACAUCCUUCCCUCAUCAACCUCUUCCCGUCCAACGAACGACGAGAUCUCAGCCGCCCAGCUGCGAACGGCGCCCAUCGAGUCCAUGUCGCAGUCGAUGCUGCGAUGCACGCUGUGCAUGGAUGAGAGGACGCCAGAAAAGGGGACGAGCGCAGUGACGGAAUGUGGACACAUGUUUGAUUGGAGCUGUAUCAUGAGCUGGUUGAGGGAGAAGAGGGAGUGCCCCCUCUGUAGGCAGGAGGUUAGCGCGAAUCGUGUGAUACCCAUAUACAAUCUUUGAGGGACAAUCUUGUUCUUCUUGUUCCUUCAGCUCACAUCGCUCGCUCAUACUGUCCUUGUGUGUCUGUACGCCUGCGCAUUAUCAUACUAUGUACGACUCAUCUCGCUCAGAGGCAACCCUGUACCAUGUGAAGCCCCUGUAUUACGUCCUGCUCGUCCCGCCUGACGUCGUGUAGCCGGUCCCUCCUUCACCCACCUCAGUCCACCGACG